AUGGAAUUCAAAACGAUGUAUCAUCCUUCUGCUGGUCGUGAACCACUCCUUCAAACGUUUGAGGAGUUCGGCGUCAAUUUGCAUCCUGAGGAAGAGCUCCCUGUAAAUGAAGAGCCCUGGCGUCCUUUCUGUUCCCGCGGCGACUUCGAGUUUGCGGAGAUCGCACUCAAUGCCGCACUCAAUAAAUCACAAAUUAAUGCGCUCCUUGCGCUCAUUGGUCGCAUAUCGAGAGGAGAGAGCCGGGUAACUUUUUCAAAUGAUAAUGAGCUGCGCAAAGCUUGGGAACACGCAGCUGCUCAGGUGACGCCGUUUGUAAAACACGACAUCACCGUUCCUUACAAAAAAGAACAACGAGUGUAUGAGACUCACGCGCUGCCUCUGUGGGACUGGGCUCUUGAUUUGUUAGCUAAUCCGCUGCUUGCUCCGCAUUUUGUCUGGGAUGCACAACGAGUUUUCAAGCACAACGGCAGGGAGUUUGAACGCUUUUACAACGAGCCUUGGAUGGGUGAUCGAUGGUGGGACUUCCAGAGUCGCCUUCCAAGUGACAUUAAGGCCGCUCCAUUCUGCUUCAUCCUGUAUGCGGACAAGACAAGACUGUCGUCCCACGGUACAGUAAAGGGAUAUCCUGUCGUGGUCCGUUGCGCGAAUUUGCCAGUUGGCAUACGGAACGGAGAGGGCAUCGGCGGUGGCCGUGUUGUCAGGUGGUUGCCAAUUGUAUCUGAAGAUGCAGACGAAGAAGGCAAGCCAGGCUUCGUAAACCUCAAGCGCGUCAUAUGGCACGAGGCAUUCUUAAAACUGUUGGAACUGGUCGCGCAACACUCAAAGUCUGGUUAUUCACAUACUUGCUAUGACAAGAUCGCACGCUGGUUGUUUCCCAUUAUUCUGAUACUUUCUGCUGAUUAUGAAGAACAAUGUAUGAUGUCUCUCAUUCGUGGCCACCAUAGCAAAUGUCCCUGUCCAGUAUGUCUUGUACUGCUCGAAGAACUUAGCGAGCUAUCAAAGACGUUUGCAUUUAGAACAGUGGAAGAAGCAAUAGCCGCACUCAAUGUUUACAAGGUCAGCAAAGCUCGAGGCGAGGAACUACUAAAGGCAUUAGGAUUGUGUGCUGUCACGAAUGUUUUCUGGCUCAUUGUGCACUCUGACCCUCAUCAAGCCAUCAGUUUUGACCGCCUUCAUGCCCUCCAUCUUGGUAUGUGGAGGCACCUACUCGAGGAGUUGAAGAAAAUCCUCAAAGCGCUUGGACGUGAUGAAGAGUCAAAGGUCGAGAAACAGGUUGCUAGUUUCCCUCGAUGGCGCAAUCUUAAUCAUUUCAGCACCAUCAUCCACAUUACCUUCAGUGAUGGUAACAAGAUGCAAGAUCUAUCCAAGCAAGCCUUCUAUUCUGCGGUAAACGUCUUGAACCAGAGGACCAGCCCAGAAGGGUAUAAACUUCUUCGCGUUAUUAGUAGCUAUCUGCAAUUGGAUAGCUAUAUUGGUCUCGACGUGCAUACGUCAAGCACACUGGCAGCAAUUGAUGCUGAACUACUCGUUUUUGAUAGCGCACUCAAGGAAUACAUCGAAUGUGCUCUCAAUUCUCCCAUCGUAGGUCUCAAGCUUGACUGGGACUUUCCAAAGGCGCAUCUCUGGAAGCACGCAACUAGGGACAUCCGAAUGAAGGGUGCAGUACGCAACUACAGCACCCGUCCGAAUGAGAAGCUUCAUGGCCCCCUCAAAGAGGCCUACGAGCGCCAGUCAAAUGGAAAGGACGUCGCUGACCAGAUACUGCGUGUUGACACGCGCAAAUUCGCAGCCAAAAUGUUGAGAGCGCACGUGGACGUGCUUGACGAGCGGCGCACAUUGGCAGGAGAGGGCAAUGAUGACGAUGAAGACCCGAAUCCUGUUGCUUUCGAGGGGCACAUCAAACUUGGUUCGACGCAACAGCCCGUAGCCAUCCAAGACAUCGAGACCCACGGCGGCCAAUUGGAUCGUGCGUUUCAAGGCUUUCGUAAGAAGUUUUCCGAUUUUAUCAACAACUCAUUACCGAUGUACGGAUAUCGACUGGAAAGAUGGGUCACCAUACCGACAAACUUCUUGAUUCGUGAACAUCGCUUUCUCAAAGUUCACUACGAGUCUACCGUCGACUGGAAGCAAACUACCGACUACCUUCGAUGCACUCCAGGCUUCCAUGGGCAACCGCGCUAUGACUGCGCACUUAUACAACUCGCCCAGGAAGUAUCAGUGUUUGUUCGCCUUGUUUUCAUAUUCAGUUGUCAGCUUCUGGAUGUUGGUUCCUUCGAGUUUGCACUGGUUCAGCCAUUCACUGCUGGCAUUGGUGCUUCUCGCAGGUCGGACCGUGAUCUACGACUUACUUGUGUCAAAGCUGUCCCAAGGGCAAGUUCGAUCUUUGUUCCAGUCCAGUCUUUCAUUCGUGGCGCUGUUUGUUUCCCUGAUCCUGAUCACCGAGAUGAAUUCCUCAUGGUCGACCACAUCGAUAGUGACAUGUUUGUGCGCAUGAAAUCACGUCCAGCACGCCAGUGA